AUGGCUGAAGAGACAGGCUGAAGGAUCAGGGAGUAUUAUAAGAAAAAGUGCACGAUUAAGUGGAUUAUAGCGUGGGAUAUGGUCAGAGUCCUUAUCCCUAUUUUUUAUUUUGGAAUCGCUCUCUUGAUUGUUAUUCUUGAUGAGAAUGAAGAUGAUGAAAGCAAUGAUAACAGCAUUAUCAAUAGCUCUAAAAUAAUUCCAUCUUCAACAAAAGCAGCAUCUGAUUCGAAUGAUCAGCUCGUAUCUCUUUCCUUUCUACUUGGGGAAGUAUUUAGAACUUUCCUCAUAUGAAUCAUGGCGAUUGUAGCUCUCUGUAAACACUUUAAAUAUAUGCCAACAGGUACUUAUUUUUGGACAAGGUCAAUUAAUAGUUGAUUCAAUAUAAUGAGCCAUCUGUUCCAGUUCUUAAUUCUGGGAGCUAAUAUAUUCAGACUUGUAGUAACAACAGGCUCAUUCAUCUUCGAUGGCUAUUUAAGUUAUAUAAUCUAUGUUUUUUGGCAAAAUCUCAAGAAAUUAAAUAACUCAACAGCUAGCAGCUCUGCUCAGAGCGAAAUCAGCCAUCCAAUUGAAAACUGAAUCAAUGCAAGAGUAAGACAGCUUCAGGAAGAAAUUAGAGCUGGGAUUGCCAAUGACGUUUUGGAAAUCCAGGAAUAUGAUGAAAAUGGAGUACCUCACACAAAAGCAGUCAGAAUUGAUGAAGAGAAUAAACAAGUAGUGAUUGAAUGAGCUCUUCCUUCCCUUAAAGAUCUAAAUCAAUACAACUCUAGAGAACUAUCAUCUAGGGAUAAUGCAUCAAGAAUUACUGCUUUCCUUGAAGAUCGGAAAAAGCCAAUGUCACGUAAAGCUUCUUAUGAAAAUGAAAUCCAAAAUUCAGAAUACAACAGUAAGCCAAGCUUCAAAGGGAGCAACAAGAAAGAUUUCAUAUUCACCUCAAACCAUAUACAGAUGGUCGAGAAAUCGAAUAAAGAUGAAGAUGAAGAGAAGAAAGCCAGGAUGUUCAGGACUAAUGAUGCCAAGAAAAUUUCAAGCAUAAUCGGCGCUAAGUCACCAUAUUCAGGUCAUGAGAACAGCUAUAAGGAGAAGGAGAAGGAGAAUAGCCAUGACGGCUCUAUUAGUGAGGUGAAGGAGUAUGCUGAGCCUGAAAUUUACCUCGAUACCAAAUCUCAAACACAAAAUAUCAAGAAGAACUUAUGAAAUUCACCAGCUGUCCUCAAGAACAGGCGAUUUCAAGUGGAAAGUGAAAUCCCUCGAACUAAGAGUAAAGAUCAAGCGAUGAGCUUGAAAAGCUUCAAAUUUACUAACCAAAUGGAAUGAAUUGAGAAAGAUGAGGUAUAUGAUGAACCGAAAAGAUGUGAUAUCAGCUCUGAUGAAAAUGACUAAAAUUAUACGUAAGCUCUAAUUUUUAUUAAUAGUUCAAUAUUA